GCGGGAGGAGACGGUGGGAUGACGACGAGGAAGGUUUCGGUUUUCUGGGUAGUUCGCGGGGUGAAUCCCCGUUCGCCUAGAGGAGGUCCAUCAAGACGGCCAGACCGAGGCGAUGGGCCGUUCGGAGGAGGUGGCAGUGCUAGUAGCUCCUCGUACACACCAAGUUGGUUGCGUAAUGAAGCGCCUAUACCGCGCAUGCGAUCUGAUGCCGACGAUCCGCUUCUCCGAAGCGCAGGGCCUACGACCGGCUCACCUCCGAGACAACCCAGUACUGUGCCCAUACGCGUGCCCACACCCACUCCCUCGGUCCGAACGAAUGCACCUUCCACGACCACGUCACUCUUCGCUGAGCCUGGCUCCUCACCACCAGUUAUACCUGGAAGACCGCUUCCGGCAGAAGUGUCGGGUCCGUCCAACACACCAUAUUCUCGUGCGUCUGACUUCGAUCUCUUUACAGAUCCACAACUGCGAUCGGCUUAUCAACCGUACCGUCCAGGCCCCGAAGGAAAUCCUGCUGCAGGUCUCAUGCCGCCCUAUGGCCCAGGACCGUACAUCGGCGAGCAACAGGGCCUACGCUCUGCCAUGCGUGCCCCAGCCCCGAAUGUGCACUUUAACGAGGAAGCUAAGCUAUCGCGAAGCAGAGACGAUGAGAAGCUACGAGGAGAAGCACAAGCUGGAGCCGAGCCAGGCCCGAGAGACGCAAAGUAGGGGUGAUCGCCUCCAUAGCAUGGUUCGGUCACGAUCGGACCUGAGGAAAACCCGCGCAGUUCGUGGUUGACCCAACGGAACAGUGAGAUAGCAAGCGUGUAUAGACGAAGCUGACGUUUCGAUCCUGCAUUUGUGUAAGAGUGCCUUUGCACAAGCUUCUGAAGAGUUCGCGCCAGACUCCUCGCUAAAACAAGACACGCGCCAUGCCGCAUAUCGAUAACUGCUUGACGGAAUCGCGGUGCUUCAAGUGAUGUCGCUGCGC